GCUCUUCGUGUUUCAGCUGCGUGCUUCACUCACGCUCACCAGCUACGCACGUCGUCUGUCAAGUAGCACGCGCUCGGCUAACAAUGCGCACACUUCACCUUCACCGCAGGGUCACGCCCUAUGUGCGCCGCUUCACCCAUACGCAGGUUCUUUCGUCUGCUCAACGUAGCUGCAACGCAACCUUCAGCCAUAGCCCAAGAGCCACGCUUCGUAUUCUCUCAGGCCCGUCCUUUGCGACGACAUGUCCCGCUGCGAGCUGUCAGAAGUGUUUGAAAUCUCAGAAAGCUCCGACGAGGAAAACGAUUGCGUGGAAGUUAAGCCGAUCGACUUGGAAAGCGAAGAUCAACAUGAGGGACUACGAAAUCUAUGCCGACCUACAGGAUGUCGCCAGAUUCCCGCUUAUAACGCGAUACGAGCACGACCUUCGCCUCAGCAAGAUCAGUCAGACAAAGAGCUACGCUUCCACAGACUCCCAGAUGACACAAUCAUCCGUGUUGGGGACUUUGUCGAGUUGCAAUGCCCUCCCCAUCGUCAGCUCGAUCCAAAACAUUCGGGAGACUAUCUGCGCAUAAAGGGUAUUUUUGAAGACCGCCGGACCUCAGAAGUCACGCUACGAGGUCUUCGCUUCCAGCGCGAGAAGUACGCAGUCGGCAGAUCCUUCGUUGGGAAGACCGUACGUUUAGCCCAGGAACGAAAGAUGAACGACCGGAUAGGAGCCCGCUUGUGCGAGCUGGUAAUGUGUCUUACCGUAAGAGAAGAUGACAAUCGGCCAGCAGAAGUCCAAAGCGAAGAAACAAUUCCCAUUAGUGAGGUCCAGCAUAAACAAGCAGUAAUACUCACGAACAGGCCCUACCCAAUGCUCAGCUACAGAGAGCAACCAAGCCUCUGUGCCCAUUUGCAUAAUCAGUCCCAUAGACAGAUUCGUCUUCACAUAUUUAAGAAUGGGCCUCUUGUGUGCAGGUGGUCUAGGACCUCUACGAUAUCACCGAACGGCAAAAAAUAUGGGAUGGUAGACAGAUACUUCACGAGGAAGGAGGUGACAACACCGCAGCACUUGUCUCUUGCGCCCUUGAACAACGGAUAUCUACCCAUAACGCCACAUCGAAGAACGCUGUCAGUAGAGGAAAUAGCUACAGCAACGACUCAGAGAUCUACACUACCUUCGAAGAACCAGCUCUACACCUACUUCGAUAUGUACUGUGGAGGGGGUGGAGCAUCUCGAGGCGCGGACCAGGCCGGUCUGAAGGUUCUGGGAGGGUUGGAUCACAAUGAGAUCGCGAUGAACGCGUGGGAGCGAAACAACCCCGGCGCCAUACCUCUCUGUAUGGACUCGUUCGCUUUCCUCAAGAACGACAUGUGGAAAAUCAUUGGGAGAUGCGAUUUCCUGAACAUCUCAAAUCCGUGUCAAACUUACAGCUCUGCUCACACCAGAGAGGGCAAGAACGAUGAGAUCAAUACCGCACAACUAGAGGUCAUCAAGAUUAUCAUCGAAGCCUUGAAGCCAAGGGUGGUCGUUAUUGAGAAUACAGCCAAUCUGGUCAACAUGGAAAGAAAUCGCAAAUAUUUCAACAGGAUGCUGAACGACGUUCACUCAGCGGGGUCCGGCUAUAACCUGAGAUACAAGGUUGUCAACAUGGCUGACUUUGGCUUACCCCAAGAGCGCAAGCGCCUUCUCCUGAUCGCGGCUAGAAGAGAUACCCCAUUGCCACCUUUUCCGAAGCCUACGCACGGUCCUCCUGGCAGUGGGCUCAAGCCGUACGUCAGGAUUGGUGAUGCACUUAAAGUCCUUGAACGGCUUGGAGAACGCGCCGAACGAGACGGCUACCAUAAGCUUCAUAGAGAAGUCUCACAGCAGGAACAGGCUUACGAUCCUUAUGCGGAAUUCGUUGACUGUAUAAUGACAAGUGGUGUGGAAUGCCGACACUGGAGCGGCGAGAAGUUUACUCCACGGGAUUUGGCUCUUCUUCAGUCUCUUCCUGUUCACCACUGCUUGGCUGGUAGCUGGCCACAGGCUAUCAAGCAAGUAGGAAACAUGUUUCCACCUAUAAUGGCAGAAUUGGUAUACAGGACGUGCGCACAAACUCUUGAGGCUUGGGACAACGGCUUCUUGGAUGCAGACGACGACAUUGAUGAUCUAAACAUCACACUGAUAGAGAAGGGUGUUGAUAUCCCUGAAGCGAAACACACUCCGACCUCAGUGUUUGAUCUUACAGGUCCUGCCGCUCCAUCGCCAUACCGGUAUCUCUCGCGUCCGGUCUUCAGCGAUGCAACCCAUGUGAAACAUUCAUCUGCCUGGAGCAAGCGUCUGUUCUCGGGAUCUGGCAAGAGCGAAAGGAAGAGAUCGUUUUAUAGCGGUCCUUUGGAGGAUGACGAUAGAGACACUACACCUUCGCCAGCCCAGCCACCAUUCAAACGUGCGACGACCAGUUCACGAGAAGAAACCUUUUGGAAAAAACACGGAGGGAAGACCAUUGACCUUUCCAACAGCGACGAGGAUUAACCAGGGUCAAGUUUGCAAGAGUUGCAGACAUGGAUCGUGAACAGAACACGCAGAUUUGUAUGCAAUGUCUGCAUAUCACAUCUUAGCAAAAGACCACACAUUAGUAGCGCAUGCACCCCGCGCUGCAACUGUAGUUAAAUAAAAUACAGAAUGCUUACACUUCGAAACACAGAGUUUUUAUGACUGUAACAUGUUAAGGCUAUGCUUGUUGUACAGCAG